CUGUUUCUUAGCCGUUGAUGGUAGAUGGUUUCAGAUGAAUGGCCGGUAUUAUAAGUUUCGUGUUCAGACGACGCCAUCCCUUCGUCUCUGCAUGACCGCGGAUCUAAACGAGCAAGCAGGCUCCCAAAAAGUGAUCGCUCGCAGGAGAAGAAUCGAGGAUUGGAUUAAAUGACUCGGUAACAGAACCGGCAAUGGCUUUGUUGGCUGUUUUGAUCGUCCUGUUGCUGUGCUCGGUGGAUGGCUUCAGUCGACGUAUCAACAGCAUGCCUGGUGUGUUCGAGUUGACACACAGGUACUCAACAAAGCCGGGUUCAAAUAAGAGCACGAAUGGAACGGGCAUCACGCACGAACAUAUGCAGCUGCUCAAGGCUCACGAUCGGGGACGCAUGGUCAAGCUCAAGUCCAGCGCGGUCUCGUUGCCAGUGGAAGGAGUAGCAGAUCCAUAUAUUGCUGGCCUCUACUUCACUCAAGUGCAGCUGGGAACUCCUCCAAGGACAUACAAUCUUCAAGUGGACACUGGGAGUGACCUCCUUUGGGUUAAUUGUCAUCCGUGCAUUGGAUGUCCUGCUUUCAGUGACCUCAAGAUCCCGAUUGUUCCGUAUGACGUCAAGGCCUCGGCAAGCAGCUCCAAAGUUCCUUGCUCGGAUCCGAGCUGCACCUUGAUAACGCAAAUCUCGGAGUCCGGCUGCAACGAUCAAAACCAGUGUGGCUAUUCGUUCCAGUAUGGAGAUGGAAGCGGGACCCUCGGAUACCUCGUGGAAGACGUUUUGCAUUACAUGGUGAACGCUACUGCAACAGUAAUCUUUGGGUGUGGCUUCAAACAAUCUGGCGAUCUUUCAACUUCGGAGCGAGCACUAGAUGGCAUUAUUGGAUUUGGAGCAAGCGACCUUUCUUUCAACUCACAGCUCGCUAAGCAGGGAAAAACGCCGAACGUUUUUGCUCACUGCUUGGACGGGGGAGAGAGAGGCGGUGGCAUCUUGGUUCUCGGUAAUGUGAUUGAGCCGGACAUCCAGUACACGCCGCUGGUUCCAUACAUGAGCCAUUACAAUGUCGUGCUACAAAGCAUAUCCGUCAACAACGCCAACCUCACUAUCGAUCCCAAGCUCUUCUCCAACGACGUCAUGCAAGGGACAAUCUUUGACAGCGGCACGACACUGGCCUAUCUUCCUGAUGAGGCGUACCAAGCGUUUACUCAAGCGAUUGUCGACGCCGCUGCUACUCCGCCCAUUGGGGUCACAGGGAACGUAUGCUUCGUUGUUCGCGGCAGCAUCUAUAAGCUGUUUCCAAACGUGGUUUUGUACUUCGAGGGCGCGUCAAUGACCUUGACACCAGCGGAGUAUCUGAUAAGACAAGCUUCUGCGGCCAAUGCUCCAAUCUGGUGCAUGGGAUGGCAAUCGAUGGGAUCAGCCGAGAGCGAGCUUCAAUACACCAUCUUUGGAGACUUGGUUCUCAAGAACAAGCUCGUUGUGUAUGAUUUGGAGAGGGGGCGAAUUGGAUGGCGUCCUUUCGAUUGCUCGUCAACCGUGGACGUCUCCACCGACACGGGGGUGAAAUCUUUUGGUGGCAGUGGAACGUUUAUUCGUGGCCAAGCUUCUGGCAGUAGUAAACUCGGGCAGAAUGUUUUCUUGGCACUCUUGACCAUUUUUUGUGUAAUUGUAUUGUGAUUUCAAGUAAAAAAAGACCGCGUUUCCAA